AUGUUUGGAUUGAAGAAGUACACAUUCGGGAAUAAACCAUUAACCCGGUUCUUCAAACAAAGGUAUUCAUCACAUCCUGUUAAUAAUAAUGUCAGAUCGCUAACAAUUGCCGAUAUUAAAGAUAAAUAUAUGAAUGGUAUGCCCUUAACAAUGAUAACAGCCUAUGAUUAUUUAACUGCCAAAUGGGUUCAGGAAACUCAAAGCGAUAUGUUACUUGUAGGGGAUUCGAUGGCGAUGACUUCAUUAGGUUAUACAUCGACCACAGAAUUACCCUUCGAAGAAUUUAAAUAUCAUGUUGCUUCAGUGACACGUGCAUCGGGUUCUUCGAUGAUUGUUGUAGAUAUGCCAUUUGGAUCAUUUGAACAGAGUUAUUCUUAUGGUGUAGCAAAUGCAAUUGAAUUGUUAAAGAUUAAUCCAAAGGUAACUUCACUGAAGAUUGAAUGUGGGAAUCAUGAUCGAGAUCAUUAUACUAUCGGAUUUAUACGUGAACUUUGUGAAAGAGGAAUACCCGUAAUGUCACAUAUUGGAUUAACACCACAACGAGCUAAUUCACUUGGUGGAUUUAAAGUUCAAGGUAAUCAAUCAGCUAAUGAUAUUUUAUCAUUAUAUAAUACAGCAAAAUAUUUACAAAAAAUUGGUUGUUGGUCAAUUUUGAUGGAAUGUAUACCAUAUAAAGUUGCAACAUUUAUUACAGAAAAUUUAAAUAUUCCGACUAUUGGUAUUGGGGCAGGCAAUGGAACAAAUGGUCAAGUCUUGGUAAUUAGUGAUAUGUUAGGUUUAUCACCCGAUAAUAAUUUACAAUCAUUACCAAGAUUUGUUAAAAAUUAUGAUCAAUUAAAUUCUGUUGCAAUAAAAAAUUUAAAAAUUUAUAAAGAUGAAGUUGAACAAAAAAAAUUUCCUUCAAUUGAACAUUCUUUUAAAUUAAAGGAAACAAUUUGGAAAGAUUUCUUAGAUUUAAUUAAAUAA